AUGCGGCCUUGUAUGCACCGGGCGGGAGAGGCGGUCGCUCUCCCGCUUCGAGGAUACCCAGCGACCGCUACGGAGAGACAGAAGCCCCGUUACUCCCCCCCAGGACCGUUGGGGGUGAACACAGUCCAACACGUGAGAACUACAUCCCACAGAGGUGAGGGGGAGGUGAAGGGCAGCAGACAAGCGACUCACCUAACUGCCAACUCACCCCUAAUGGCGGACACCUCGUGCCUCUCUCGCAAUCAAGAUCUCAGCACUGAGACCAAGCUACAGACCAAACUAGAGGCUAUCAUGGCAGCAUUCUGGUUGAAGCUGGAGAACAGGGCACUGAAACAUGCCCCACAGCAGGCGAGCAGUCUCUUACCUAAACGGCACCUCCCAUGCACACAGAACAUACCCGCGGCUCUGGCAGGGAAGAGGAUCAUGCGGAGAAGGCUGCCCAGGCCCCAAGUUUUACCUCAGCACAAGCAAAAGCAAAGCCUGACACAUCAGAGCCCUACCUUUGCCCACCACAGAAGACCUCCAGUACUUAUCACAACCACUAUCCAUGGGACUGACCGGCCCCGCAGAACGAGACCGAAAACCAGGGACACGAAACACCACACCGACCUGCACAGCCGUGGGAUACGCCACCACAAGCCGGAUGCCUGGCACUCAACCACGCAAAAGCAUCUGACACUUCAGGCGAUGAGAGCCCACGAGGACGGCGUCUGGCACCCAGCUGGAUUCGGAUGA